AUGGCCAGAUGGGAGAAUUUUGCAAGUUUUGCCAUAUCUCAACAAAAUAACUAUUACUGCUGCUGGAAAAGCUACAGCUGCGCAGUGAGGGGGAAUGGACCCAGCCUUUUUCCUGCACCCAAGAUUUCUGAACACCCAGCUGGAAAUUCACUUAUGCCUCAGGAAACCACAGCUGCAUCUGAACACCAAGAUGAGGACCCACUAGAAGAUUCACAUCUUCAUUUGAAUAUUGAAGAAUUAAACAAGGAGUUUAUGUUGAGAAGUGAAGAACUCUAUGAUUCCCUCAUGAAUUGUCACUGGCAGCCUCUGGAUACAGUCUACUCGGACAUCCCAGAUGAGACCCCAGAGUGAAGCAAGGUGUUUAGUAUCUAUCCACAUUAACUGCAUUUGUUUUUGUUUUUAUAGGAAAAAAAAUCUUCCAUGAAUGUUCUGGAUUCUGGAUGUAAAUAAAAACUUACAGUACCUCAAUGUUAUUGAUAUGAUGGAUUAUGAGGUACACUUACUCAUCAGCACCUCCAUUCCUGGAAGUGUGUUACUUUAAAUAAAUGCCAGAAGAGAUGCUAUGACUAUCUUGGUAGAACAAGUUGUUCUCCAAGACACAGGAAAACAGGUUUAAUAUAAGUUGGGCUUAAAUUUAACUGAUGGUGACAUUAGCUACUCUGUUUUGUGGACUUUCUGUAACAUUAAAUUUUCAUGCAAGGUUUCUCAUUUGUAUCUUGUCUAGAAAAUGUCAAUUAGAACUAGAUGUUUGUUUUCCACUGACCCUUGGGUGCUCUGUAAGAAAGCUGGUGUGACGGUGGAAGACAGUGGACAUGAACUUGUCUCAACUGAACAGAAAGAUUCCUAAGCAUGGAAAAAAAUUUGCCUUUUUCAGACUGUUGAUUUUCUAAGAGGAAAUAAUUAGGCCUUUGUAAAAGCCAGUUCUGAAAAAUAAAUAAAUAAAAGCCAGUGCAGAAACUUCA